AAAGCUUGACCCAACUUUUCACAGCUUCGGCGAUGAAGUGCAGGGCAUUUUCCAAGGAUCUAUCUUCGCGCAAGUAUGCGCGUCUGUAAUUAUCAUUUGUAUGACACUGCUGCAAGCUACCGGGGACGAUGUUACGAUGGCCGAUCUGCUGGGCUGUGGGUUCUAUUUGCUAGUAAUGACAUCGCAAGUGUUUAUUUUCUGUUACGUAGGGAAUGAAAUCUCCUAUACGACGGAUAAAUUUACAGAGUUUGUUGGGUUUUCCAACUACUUCAAGUUCGAUAAGCGUACCAGCCAAGCAAUGAUAUUUUUUCUGCAAAUGACUCUUAAAGAUGUUCACAUCAAGGUGGGAAGUGUCUUGAAGGUUACGCUAAAUCUUCACACAUUUUUGCAGAUUAUGAAGCUAUCGUACUCCUAUCUGGCCGUACUUCAGAGCAUGGAAUCAGAGUAAUGGUGUUAAUAUCCUUAAUGUUGAAAUUAUAUUUUGUUAGAUUUAUUGCAUAAAGUAAUAUUUAAUUUUAUACAUCAAACGUAAGCCCGCUAGUUUUCAAUUAGCCUUUUCCAAAAUUUAUCAAAUUGAUUUCGAAUUGAUUGCAGAGUUUUAGGAAUUUAAUCUGAUAGGAUAUCUUGUUUAUCCAAUAGAGGUGUGGAAGCGUUCCCAAGCCAUUCGUUUGAUAGUUUAUAGCACCGUCGAGCAGUUGAUCGCUGUGAUCGCUAGGCGCACCUGAUUUUAUCUUUAUCUCGCACCUGUUAUGGCAAGGGCGCU